UUGAUAUACAGUAAACAUAUUAUUAUACUUUAGUAUAGUUUGAUAACAUUGAAUGAUAGCAAUGAGUGGUGCCAUCAAAAAGACAACUGGUUUGACGGGACUUCUUGUGGCCCGAAAUGCUCAUUAUUCGCUGACCCGACUCUACAACAAAAUAUUGAAAACAUUGGCCAAAAUGCCCGACGAGAGCGCAUACAAGAAAUAUACGACUGAAACAGUCAACGAAAGGUUGGCCAUCGUUAUGAAGGAGAAAGAUGUGAAAGCAAUUGAAGAUAAGAUAAAUUGUGGUCAGAUUGAAGAAGUGAUAGUUCAGGCCGAGAAUGAGUUGGCACUCUCUAAGCGUAUUGCAGAGACCCGCGCGUGGGAACCGUUGAUAACGAAACCACCAAUUAAUCAAUGGAAAUGGCCUCAUGUCUGAAACAGACUUAUUUGACAUCAAUUUGCAAAUAAUAGUGUUGUGUAGUCUCGUAAUACUUAUAAAUAUAGUUUAAUUUAAAUAAAAACCAAUUAUUGUCGGAUUUAGACAUUAAUUAUCUAAAGAUGUUUAACAAUCAGAUUUAUAACAAGAAAUUAUCAAAACAUAUAACAAUUGUAAGUCAGAGGACUCGGUGUAAAUCAUAGACAUGGAGUUGGGUUUUGGAGAAAACUUGAUAAUUAUAUGUUUUCAUUUAAAGUUGUCUUAUUUGGUCAUAUUCUGCACUCGACCCGAGACAUGUCCACUACCGGUGUGAUCACUAACUCAUUUUGUAUAAAAUAGUUGACAAAAGUUAUCAUUUAUAUAACGGUUUAUAUUAAUUGAUUUGUAGUCAAUAAAUAGUAAUAAAUCAAUGUUUGUUUAAUUAAAGAUUUGAAUAUACGGUAAUUUAUAUUCAUUCAUAUACUGUAUAUUAAUUAAAUACAUAAUGAUUAAAUGUAGUUAUUGUAA